AUGGGUCGUAUGAAUGUUUCAAUGAUGAGAUACUUGGAAGGAGAUCACUUCCGAGUUCUCAUCGCUGUUGAAAUGGGAAUGAAGAAUCACGAAGUCGUUCCGUUGCCUUUGGUUUCUUCCAUCGCUGGAAUUCAUCGAGGAGGAGUCGUGAGAAUCCUUAACGAUUUGUGCAAGCAUCAGUUGGUUGCUUUUGAAAGAAGCAAAAAAUGUUAGUUUUCCGAAUACUUCAAUAGAGUACGAAUCUGUAUUCAUUUUCAGUUGACGGUUAUCGUCUGACCAUCCGAGGAUACGAUUAUCUUGCUCUCCGUGCUCUCUGCUCCAGAGAAGUUGUUGGAAGCGUGGGAAAUCAGAUUGGAAUUGGCAAAGAAUCUGAUGUUUAUGUGGGCGGUGAUCCCGAUUUGAACGACUUGUGUCUGAAGUUUCAUCGUCUAGGACGAACAUCGUUCAGAAAAAUCAAGGAAAAGCGAGACUAUCACAAAAAAAGGAAGAGUGCUUCGUGGCUUUACCUGAGUCGUUUGGCUGCUGCGAAAGAGUUCGCUUUCUUGAAAGCUCUCCAAGAACGUGGAUUCCCCGUGCCAAAAGCAGUGGAUGUGUGCAGACAUUUGGUUGUCAUGCAGCUUGUCAUCGGUCAAACACUGUGCAACGUGGCCCACGUUGAAGACCCUGCAGCUCUUUAUGAUCGACUGAUGGCCCUUAUUGUUAAAUUGGCGAGACACGGAGUCAUUCAUGGUGACUUCAACGAAUUCAAUCUCAUCAUGUUGGAAGACGAAAAGGUUGUCAUGAUUGACUUCCCACAGAUGGUGUCAAUCGAUCACAUGAAUGCUGAAUACUACUUUGACCGUGAUGUCACAUGUGUUCGUACUUUUAUCAAAAAACGUUUCGGCUAUGAAAGUGAAGACUGGCCCAAAUUCGACGAAAUUGAGAGAAAAGGAAACAUGGACGUUCUUCUUGAGGCUUCUGGCUUCACAAAGAAAAUGGCACUUGAUUUAAACAGAGCUUACGAUGAAGGUAACUUCUUGGCUCACUGUGAGUCAGAAUUAAGAAACACGGAAGCGGCCCAAGAAGUAGACAAUGGAGACGAAAGUGAAGAAGGAGAGGAUAUGAAUGUUAUCGAAGAAGAACCGGACGACGUGGACGAAGAAGAACUAAACGAGCAGUUGAACUCAGUAAAACAACAAAUAAUUGUUCUUUCUCAAUCGACACGCUUCAAUGAUUGGCUUUCUGAAGCUACAAUUCAGUUAGAUUCCGUGGAUUUGAACUGCGUCAAAAGAGAAUAUGAGUAUGAUGACAGCGAUCUUCCAGUCAAACUUGUGAGUUUCAAGAAUCGUUGACGUCUAAAUAUGUUCUGUACUUAGAUCCAUCCUCGUGGUGCAACUGCUAAUAAAGCUGAUAGUUCCACUUCUGAUAGUGAUAACGAAGAGGGAAAUGAAGAGCACAUCGCUGUUGAAGAUCAAGUGGCAAAGGUGGUGAAGAAGAGGCAGGCCGGCGGCGCUGCAGGUGCCGCAAGUGUGGCGAGCAGUGCUGCGACGUUCACCGCUGAAGAGAUCAAAAGAAAGCUGGCUUUGGAGAAAUUGCGCAAUAAGGAGAAGGUCAGUUUUCAGCAGACUCUCGAUUGGACGUGUUUAAAUCAAAAAUCGCACUUUUAAUCGUUUGCAGAUUCGUUUGAAGGUCAAAGGAAAACAGAGUGCGGUGAGCCGUAACCGUAAGGACAACAAGAACAUUAUUUCGGAGUAUGCCGGCUGGAUUUGA